UCAUCGCCGUGCGUCUGACUGUCAAACUUUGACAGCACGCGAGAAAAGAAACAAACUUUGACAGCACGCGGGACGAACUCGCCACCGAUAUCUGUGCUUUUAUUUGUCUAACUAUCGCGUUUAAGUGACUGAUCUACAUGAAAUUAAUCCUCCUCCGAACAUGCAUAUGAAUCAUUGUUUACGUGUAUGGGUUGUGUUGUUUGGGUUUCACGUGACGAUCUCUCUCGAGCUGACAAAUGACGUAACGCUCGAAGGUGAUAACGAUGACGUGAGAGCAGAGGAUGUCAGGUUUCAGGUGUUGGGUCGAGCUGUGGUUCCUGGGGUCAGAACUCACGACUGGAUCUCAUCUGCUCGGGUUCUGCUCGAUGGAGACAAACACGUGGGAUUUCUCAGGUCUGAUGGAGGGUUUAGUGUCAGUGAUGUGCCUUCUGGAUCAUAUGUGCUGGACAUCUCAUCUCCGACAUACAGAUUUCAACCUGUGAGAGUUGACAUCACCAGCGCAGGCAAAAUUAGGGCUCGUGUGCUGAACUACAUCAAGACCUCAGAAGUCAUCCAGCUGCCGUAUCCUCUUCAGAUGAGAUACGCUGGACCUCACUCCUAUUUUAUACAACGAGAAACUUGGGGCUGGUCCGAUUUCUUCAUGAAUCCAAUGGUGUAUAUGAUGGUUCUACCCCUUCUCGUAAUUGUUCUCCUUCCCAAAGUCAUCAACCCGAGUGACCCGGAGAUGCGAAGGGAAAUGGAGCAAUCUAUGAGCAUGCUGAACCCAAAUCCCGAGCUUCCAGAUGUUUCCGAGCUCAUGACCAAAUUCUUUUCACCACCCAAAAGUCAAAAGAAGCCUGGAGGUGGAACUCGGGUCCUGAAGGGCGGAGGUCCGAAAAGGAGGUAAUUACAAGAGACACACGAGGCUGAUGUCAUGGCAGAUGUGGACCUUAUUUCAUCUGAGGUGGAAACCAGAAACGGAUGAAAACACUUAUAGAAACCAAUUCUAUAGUGCCAGUGAAGGCAGAAAGGCAGAACAUAUUAUGAGUCCGUAUUAAUAUUUCAAUAAAGCAGGCCUGUUAGGCCCAGACUGUAAUUUGCAUAUGCAAAUCUACUGUAUUCUCAUUAUUUAUAAUGUUAUUCAAGUUGGCUGACCCUGUGGAUAAAAAAUGUCAUGAAAGUUCAGUUGAAGUAUUUAAUACAGGCUAAAGUUAUUUGAUGAGAAGCUUAAUAAAAGUUUGAAGUCUU